AUGCCAUCAAAUAUCCACAUCUGCCUACGAAUAAAAGAUGAAUAUAAAAACAAACCAUACAUUCAACAUGAACCUAUUGGAUAUGAUAGAAACAGGUGGAAAUACAGGAUUGUUGUAGAGGAAGAUUCAGAAUGUGAAAAGCAUAAGAGAAUCUGGUACUAUAGCACAAAAGUACAGCUGGCAGAAUUAACUGAAUGCCUAGACAAAGGUUACUGGGAAGCUGAUAUCUGCAAAACUCUGGAAGAAAUGCGUGAAGAAAUUUAUCAGCUCAUGGAUAGAACAGAAGACCUUACUAAUAAAGCACGGGGCAGCAACCAGUCUUUUCUUGCAGCAGCAAAUGAAAUUAUGGAAGCAGUCAGAGGCAGAAAAGGGGAACUAUUAGAGGACAGAAGCUCAGUUGCUGAUGAAGAAAAAGCGACGGUUGAUAAUAAAGAGUGCGCAGAUACUGAGAAUGAAAAAGAACUUUCAAAACAACAGAUGGAGGUCAACAAGGAAAUAGUAGGAGAGGAAAGCUCUGAAAAAGGAGGAAAGGAAGAAUCAGGAGAUGCAUGUGGUGAAAACAAUUCUGUACCAUCACUUCCUGGAAGCAGCAUCACAAAUAUUUCUGCAGAAGAGGCUGAUGCUUCUGAAGAGAAGAAUACAGUAGGAUGCGAUUCAGAAAUUCCUGAUGAUAAUAAGGCAGACAAAAACAUGGCAUCAGAAGAUCUUAAGGAUAUUUCAGAUGAAACAGCUAAGACAGUUCCUAAUCUGAACAUUGAUUUAUCUGCUGAAGCACUUUUAUCAGACCCAGAAAACAGCAGUAGCAAUGAACCAAAUUCUAUGCAGAGCGAAUCUGUGAAGAAUUCUGAUGAAGUGAAAACCACUGAAGGAGGUUCUCAGAACUCAAAGGAUCUAGGCAAUAAAUCUAAUGGUGAGAGAAGUGAAUCUCCAAACAGUGGAAUAGGCAUUCCAGGUUCAACACGAAUGGUCACUAGAUUACGAAAUCCAGAUAGCAAACUCAGCCAGCUGAAAAGUCAGCAGGUUGCUGCUGCAGCACAUGAAGCAAAUAAAAGAUGA